UCCAACUACAACUACUGCAGCUCCAACUACCACAACUACUGCAGCUCCAACUACCACAACUACUGCAGCUCCAACAACUAGAACUACAGCAACUCUAACCACCACAACUACUACAGCUACAACUUACACAACCACUGCACCUCCAACCACAACAACUACUACAGCCUCAUCCAUCACAAUUAAAACAAACUCAACCACGUCAACUACUACAGCUCCAACCACAACAAGGACUACAGCUCUAUCUACCACGACUACUCCAACCACCACAACUGCUGCAGCUACAACUACAACUACUGCAGGUCUAACUACUGCAGCUCCAACUACCAUAACUACUGAAACACCAACCACCACAACUACUGCAGCUACAACUACAACUACUGCAGCUGCAACUACCACAACUACUACAGCUACAACUACAGCAGCUAAAAACACCACAACUACUACAUCUACAACUUCCGCAACUAUUGCACUUCCAUCCACAACAACAACUCCAACCAUGACAACUACUACAGGUCCAACCAUCACAAGGACUACGGCUCCAUCUACCACAGCUACUCCAACCACCACAUCUACUGCAGCUCCAACUACGACAACUACUGAAGCUCCAACCACCACAGCUACAACUUCCACAACCACUGCACCUGCAACCACAACAACUACUGCAGCUUCAUCCACCACAAUUACAACAAACUCAACCGCACCAACUACUACAGCUCCAACCACUACAAGGACUACAACAACAACAACAACAACUGGAAUUCCAACCACCACAACUACGGCAGCUCCAACUACAACUACUGUAGGUCCAACUACCACAACUACUGCACCUCCAACAACCACAAGUACUGCAGCCCCAACCAUGACAACUGCUGCAGCUACAACUACAACUACUGGAAUUCCAACCACCACGAUUACUGAAGCUCCAACCACCACAACUACUGCAGCUACAACUACCACAACUAUGACAGCUCCAUCUACCACAACUGCUAUAGCUCCAACAACUACAUCUACAGCAGCUCCAACCACAACAACUACUCGAACCAUGACAACUACUACAGGUCUGAUCACCACAAGGACUACAGCUCCAUCUUCCACAACUACUCCAACCACCACAACUACUGCAGCUACAACUACAACUAUUGCAGGUCCAACCACCACGAGUACUGCAGCUCCGACCACCACAACUGCUGCAACUCUGACAACUUCAGCUACUGCAGCUUCAACAACUACAACUACUACAGCUCCAUCUACCACGACUACUCCAUCAACCACAACUGCAACAGCUCCAACCACCACAACUACUACAGCUCCAAUGACCAGAACCACUGCAGCUCCAAAAACUACAACAGGUCCAACCACCACAACUACUGAAGCUUCAACCACAACAGCUACUGCAGCUCCAAUAACAACAAGUCCUGCAGCUACAACCACAAGUAUUGAAGCUCAAACUACUACAGCAGCUCCAAGACCUCCAACCACCACAACUACAACAGCUCCAACUAGCACAAGUACUACUGCACCUCCAACCACAACAAUUACAGCAGCUCCAACUAGUACAACUACGGCAGCUCCAACACCUCCAACUACUGCAGCUCCAAACACUACAACUACAGCAGCUCCAACCCCUACAACUACUGCAUCCCCAACCACCUCAACCCCUGCAACUCCAACUACUGUAUCUCCAACUACCACGACUACUGCAGCUCUGGUCAUGACAACCACUGCAACUGCAACCAUAACAACUGCUGCAGCUCCAACCAGCCCAACUACUGCAGCUCGAGCAACCACAACGUCUGCAGCUCCAACCACCACAACUACUUCACCUCCAACAACAACAACAACCCAAGUUUUUUAGAGAGCAGCUCCUGAAUGGAACCAUCCACACAGUCAAUGUGACGAACAUUCAAAGGGUUAGAGUUGCACCAUAGAGGCAUCAUGCGAACUGAAAGUAAAUAAUUAAUGUAUAAAGAAUGCAAUUUAAAGGUGUGUUGGUGGUCUUGUUUUGAUGCAACACAACACUACGAAUAAGACGCAUCAUACUGAAUAUUGAACUCCACUGAGCUGCGUUGAUCUAUGAUGGAUAUCUCCAAGCCAACAGUAGUACCUGGAUAUCUCCACGUUCAAGAAAUAGUGAUUCAGAUGAAAUGCAGUGGCUUAUAUUUUAGGUUUCAUCCUCUCUCUUAACUCUCUAUAAUCCCCAAAUAAUCAUUUCAUUGCAUACACUGUUGGCUGUAUUUCCCAGGAAUGUGAAUAGUUGACAUGUGCAUUUAGGUCCAGUGUUAAAUUACUUGCACAGCACAAUGGAAAGCUCAAACCAAGCAAUCUGAUCAGGCAAAGAGGCUUUGAAGCCUUGCCAGUAAUUCCUGGUAACCAGGAAACUGAUAAAUUAUGUUUCUUACUCACUCCUCCCUUUGAUUGUGUAAAACGAGGAAGUGUUUCACAAAAAAAUAUUUGCAACGAUGACCUUGGGGAAUGCCUCAGACUAAGUGUAUGACAAUUGUUCCCAGAAUGUUUUUUUAUUCUCAACAUCACCACUUUUAAUAUUUUCUUUAAAUUAUUAUUGUGGUACUUAGGAUCAUCUUUCACAUGCUGUGGUGUAUAUUGUAUAUUAGCAUUUAUUGACAUUGUGUUCAAUGCAACAAUACCUGUCACCUCCCUGCACUGUCAUAGCAAAGGUAUUGCAGACCUCCUGGUUUUAAUUUGAUUCAACACUACAGUAUGUUUAUAAGACAAGGUUAGCAUCUAUUUAUUAUAUUUUGUAAUCAUAUUGUAUUAUGAAUGAUGAAUAUAGAGACACAAAUGUGUUCUAGUGUUCUUUUUGGAAGAAUGCUGCAACACCGUUUUUCUAUGAAGCUGCAGAAAUGUGUUGUCAACUUUGAAACUUCAGCUGACUUUCCAUCGGCAUAAGGCUGAGCAGAUAAUGACAAAAUGUUCAUUUUGGGUGAAUUUCUAAUUGCUACAAACAUUUCAAUUUAAUUUCAUUCAUCCAUUUUUUUUAUUCCCUUAUGUCAAUAUGAGUCAAGUAUGUCCACAUAUCUGAUGUCUUUUUUAUCAGUCUUUUUAUGUUAUACUGUACUUGCAUUUCUCUCUACUUGACCAGAAAUCACACGUCCCAGCAACGUUUGAAUAAGAAAAGGACUUGUCCCAAUAUCUGUCCUAGAUUUAGUUAGAAAUUAUCUUGACAAUGUCUUUGCAUUGAAUUUCAGUGCCAAAUACCUCUGCAGAAAAUCACAGCAAACUAUCGGCAUAAACAAUGAGGCAGUGUUUCAGUAUUAGACUAUCCGUUCUGAAAUUCAGCAUUUUUCUGAUUAUAAGACUCAGCAUCUCUUUAAUCAAAUAUAAUGUCUGUUGCAUGUUGUAAAGAAUCUGCACAUUUUCAACUAGUUGCCAGUACUUUGCGAUAUAAGUAAAAAAAAAAUACCAUAAAGUAAUAAUGUAGAACAGAAGAGUUUGAACUGAGAAAGAAAAGCAAGGAGAGCAGAUUAGGAGAUUAACUGCAUCAGGUAACAUGAAACCUGUUUAACAACCUGGAUGAGGUUUUCCAGAAAUGUUGUGACUAAUCACGAACCCAGUGGUAUGAGGAGCAUUGUUAAAGAGGAUGUUCUUUCAACUCUAAUUUUUAUUACAAUGACUCUAUGCCUGCUAAUAGUGUUUAAAAAUACAAUCUCAUUUUGUGUUACUGUAGUCAUGUUUUUAUCCCUGUUAAAAAUCAAAUACAUUCAUCCCAAAAGACUCACUAAUAAAAUGUAAAUGAUUA